UGCACCGGCACUCCAUCCCUCUUCUGCACCGGCACUCCAUCCCUUUCUUCAAUCUUCUUCAUCCUCUCCGUCCUUUAAUUUCCUUCUUCCACUUUGUAUAUAUUCAUCCAGGGGCAGCUGCGGCAGAGGCAGGAAAACGGGGAACAUUCUUGGGCUGGGUCACUGCAAAAGAUAGCCAGAGGCAUCUUCCAACUCGAGCAACAGCAAGCGCGUGGCAACAGCGACCGACAUGUCGUCGUCAACCUCUGCAAGUUUCCAGAAUAGGUCGUGGUUUGAAGAUCUCUUUGCAGAUGACAGGGUGAGGACCCUAUCGCAGCAGGUGUCCACACUUCAGGACAAGGUGUGGGAGUUGGAGCGCAAGAACACCCAGCUGCUUGGUGACAAUGGUAAACUGGAAAAGCAAUUGGAGGAGACGAAGGCGACGGCUCAGGGCAUCACAAGCCAGAAGGAAGAGGUGGAGAGGAGCUUGAAGGGUGAAAGUGAAAAGCUUCGGUCGGAGGUUUUGACCGCAGAGGAAAAGUAUAGGCAGACCGAAGCGGAGGUCGAGAAGCUCAAGAAGGAAUUAUGUGCAUUGGUGGAGGCAAAUGAGGCGGCAAUGAAGGCGUUUGAUGCUGAGAAGGCAGAGAUGAUGCUGGAAGCCGAGGAGCUUAGGAGAAAGGUGGAGGAACUUCAGUCCAAUAAGGAUUUUAUGGAGGGUGAAAAUGAAAAGCUUCGGUCGGAGGUUCUGACUGCAGAACAAAAACAUAGCAUGUCUGAAGCAGAGGUUGAGAGGCUCAAGAUGGAACUGAGUGCAUUGACGGAGGCAAAGGAGGCGGCUGUGAAGGCAUUUGAUGCUCAAAAUGCAGAAAACAUGAAGGAAUUGGAGGAUCUUAACAGGAAGUUGGAGGAAAUCCAAACAAAUAAGGAUUUAUUGGAGAGUGAAAAUGAUAAGCUUCGUGCAGAGGUUUUAAUAGCAGAGGAGAAAUAUAGUCAAUCUGAAGCAGAAGUUAAGUGCCAUAAGCAUAUAUUGGCUGCAUUGGUAGAGGCAAAGGAGGCAGCUGCAAAGGCAUUUGCUGCUGAGAAGGUAGAAAUCAUGAACGAAUUGGACAAUCUUAAGAGGAAGAUAGAGGAAACCCAAGCUAGCAAGGAUUUGGUAGAGAGUGAAAAUGACGAGCUCCGGUCAGUGAUUUUGGCUAUGAAGCAUAGAUAUAGUCUGAUUGAAGCAGAAGUUAAUAACCUCAAGAUGAAUUUGGAAGCACUAGAGGUGGCAAAGGACGCUGCUACAAAGGCCUUUGAUGUUGAGAAGGCAGAAAUCCUAAAGGAAUUGGAUGAUCUUAAGAUGAAGGUGGAGGAAAUCCAGGCCAACAAGGAUUUGGUGGAAGGUGAAAAUGAUAAGCUUCGGCUGGAGAUUUUGACUGCAGUGCAGAAACAAAGCAUGUCUGAAGCAGAGGCUAACAAUCUCAAGAUGGAAUUGGGUGCAUUGGUGGAGGAGAAGGAGGCGGCUGCAAAGGCUUUUGAUGCUGAGAAAGCAAAAGUCAUGAAAGAAUUGGAGGAUCUUAAGAAGAAGGUGGAGGAAAUCCAAACCAAGAAGGAUUUGGUUGAGGGUGAAAAGGAUAAGCUUCGGUUGGAGAUUUUAAUAGCAGAGCAGAAACAUAGCAUGUCCCAAUUAGAGGUUAAAAGGCUCAAAAUGGAAUUGGGUGCAUUAGCAGAGGAGAAGGAGACAAUUGUGAAGUCAUUUGAUCCCGAGAAGGCAAAAUUCAUGAAGGAAGUGGAGGACCUCAAAAGGGAGAUAGAAGGAAUCCAAGUUAGCAAGGAAGCGGCUGAGAAAGCAUGGCGUGACAACAAUGCUGAGGUCGAUAGGCAGAGGGCUGAAUUGGCGACUAUCCGCAUUUCUAUGUCACAACUACAAGCAUCCUAUGACCGACUAGAUGCCAAGCAUUCACACCUGAACGAAGAGAAGAAUUCAGUCCAGAAAGCACUAGACGCUGAGAAGGUUGAAGCAAGCAAGCUGAAGUCAAAAAUUGAGGAGCUUGAGAACUACAAUGUUGUAAAGGGUGGUGAGACUGAGAAACUGAAGGCGACACUGGAGGAAAAGAAGAGUGAGAUCGAUGCCCUGAGCAAGGACAUCGAGCAGCUGCAUCUGGCAGUUGCUGAGGCACAGGAGAAGAAUAAGAAUAGCAUUUUAUCAUGCUUAUCAUCGUACCGCUCAAAAUAGUUAGGUCGGUAUACCUUGUGUUAUGAAUGUAAUGGUGAUCAGCUGUUAUUAUGCAAUGAAAUAAACAUCCAUAUAUGAUGAUCA